AUGUUUGCCAAAGCCGAUCACUUUCAGAGCUCACAGCCCAGUGAAGUGCUUAACAGUGGGAGCUGCGGUUUCAGGCUUUCAGCGCUUACUAAAGAUCGAGGAACCUAUAUGAAGUUUCAGAUAUCCUAUCUUUUGAAUGGGAUAUUAUUAUUCUAUGCUAAUUGUGGAGGCGACGAAAUAAUGCAGCUGUUUGGGGAAUAUUUUAAUCCAGAGGACAAUAUUCGGGCAAAGGCAAAGCUCCAUCUUGAUGAAUUUCAGGAACCAGAGAAGCAUAUUCGUGAAGACUCUGCUGCUAAUUCUACCAGAGAAUAUGGGGAGAGUGACAGCAUCCAAUUUAUUUCUGGUAUGACAACUUCUAAUUUGGAUGACUUAGGGGCUGGGCAUAUUUUUUCUGAGAUUAAAGUUCUGUUAGCUGGCAUGAGUGCUUUUAAGCGUAUGCAUGCUAAGAAAAGUGUAAACAAGGCUGCACAUGUGCUAGCCGUGGUGUCCAGGAUGGGUUUUGGCUAG